AUGCAACUUCUAGAAUGGAUACGAUGUCAUCCACCAGACAUCAACAACUUAUUCCAGGUUUCCAGACACUUCGCUAUACUUCUACGAUUAUUGUCUGGAAGGAGGGUCCACGAUCUUACACUUCUUCGAAUAGAUGAGGGCUAUUUUGAACAAUCAGAAGAGCAAGUUUCCAACCUGAUUGUCUAUUGCUUGGACCAUCUGUCUUUGAACCGUACUGAGGCCAAAAAAUUACUUGCUCUUCUGAUUGUUCGAAAUAGCCCUCAUCUAUUCGAAGAAGUAGGCAACUGCCUGUUUAUUAACGAAAAGAGCGUCAAUACAGUGCUGUCGAAAAAAAUUGAUGCUUCACUUGGGCAAAUCAAAAAUGAAAUUCUUGCCAUAAAGGAUGAGCUGCUGAACCAUGCUGUCAAGGAGACUAACCCUCCAGCUGAUCCUCCUCGUUAUUCUGAUGUACUGCGUAACAGAACUCAACCAGCCAUUGUUAUUCGUCCGAAAAAUACUAAUCAGUCAGUAACUCAAACCAAGACGGACAUUCUAAAGUCAGUUGAUCCUGUUGAAGCCAACAUUCAUCUGGGUAAAGUUUGUGAUAUCAAGGAAGGUGGGAUAGUGCUUGGUUAUAAGAGCAAAGCGGAUAACUUAAAACUGCUUUCCAUUGCAAAAGAGAAGUUAGGUGAUUCAUACGUCAUCAAAGAAGUUGCUGGCAUUAAUCCUAGGGUACGAAUAGUUGGAUUGUCUGGCGAAUACUCCGAUGAGCAGAUACGUAGCUACCUUCUGAAGGGUAAUCCUGACGUGUUUUGUGGUGAUGUUGAGUGUAAAGUUUUGAAAACAUAUGCUGUUAAAAAAAAUAAUAUAAUCUUCCAAUCUGUCUUACAAAUAGAUACAGUUUCCUAUGUUAGGGUCAUGAAGGCAGGAUCUGAUCGUAAGUUUUCAGCAGUGAAUUUGAGGAAAGGUGGAGGAGUGGCUGUUGCUGUUAGGAGUGAAUAUAAGUCAUCUGCCAUUGAUAUAUAUGUAUGUGUACCCACCUUUCAACCAGGUCAGUCCAAAGAUAGAUAUUUUAGUAAUUAA